UUCUAUUUACUCCUCAAGCUGAGAAAAAUCGAGGGGUUGGAUUGAAGUGGCCGAGAGACUCUUCUUCCAAUAUUGUUGCAACAUCUAAAGUCUCUCCCCCUCUUUCACCUCCUCCGAUUCAAUUGCAGCAUCAAUGGCCGCUGAGGACGAUUCUGCUCCAACUCGUUGGACGUUCCAGGCACUCCUUACUUUCCUCUUCAACUGUUUUUGUUUUCUUGAUUUCAAGACGUUCUAUGAUUCCACAUUUGGGAGAAAGAAGGAGUCGAAGUCUCGAAAUGGUGAGACAUCCGAUUCGGCUUUGAAAAAUGAGACUAGUUUGGGCACAGCGGCAAAUGGAACUGCGCACGGGCCUGAAUUGGCCAUCUAUGAGCAGUUUCGAUUGCAGAGUAACUCAAGUUCUGCACCUGGUGCUGUGGCCAACCGUAAUACGGUGACUAUACAGAAGCCUUUGCUUCCUCCAUUAGAAUCUGCAGAAAUGCGCAACAUAGCUGAAAGCAUUGCUAGGGAUAUAAUACGUGGAAAUCCAGAUAUUAAGUGGGAAACCAUCAAAGGUUUAGAACACGCCAAACGCUUACUUAAGGAAGCAGUGGUCAUGCCAAUAAAAUACCCCAAUUAUUUUCGGGGUCUCCUAUCUCCAUGGAAAGGCAUCCUCCUCUUUGGCCCUCCUGGAACGGGAAAGACCAUGCUUGCAAAAGCUGUUGCAACAGAGUGCAAGACAACGUUUUUCAAUAUUUCAGCUUCUUCUGUAGUGAGCAAGUGGCGAGGUGACUCGGAGAAAUCUAUCAAGGUCUUAUUUGAGCUUGCUAGGCAUCAUGCACCGUCUACUAUAUUUCUUGACGAAAUUGAUGCAAUAAUUAGUCAUCGUGGUGAGGGACGCAGUGAACAUGAAGCUAGUAGGCGUCUGAAAACAGAGUUGCUCAUUCAGAUGGAUGGGUUGAUGCAGACAGAUGAACUAGUCUUUGUUUUGGCGGCCACGAAUCUUCCUUGGGAACUGGAUGCAGCCAUGCUUCGUCGUUUAGAAAAGAGAAUACUUGUGCCUCUGCCAGAACCAGAAGCUAGAAGAGCUAUGUUUGAAGAACUUCUUCCUCCUCAACCAGGAGAUGAGGAUCUUCCUUAUGAUAUAUUGAUGGAAAGAACGGAAGGAUAUUCAGGUUCUGAUAUUAGAUUAGUGUGCAAAGAGGCUGCUAUGCAGCCACUACGCCGCCUAAUGGCCCAACUCGAGGAACAACAGAAUGAGCUGCCUGAAGAUCAACAGGGAGUAGUGCCUGAAGAAGAAUUACCCAAAAUUGGACCAAUCACAGCCUUAGACAUAGAGACUGCGUUACUAAACACGCGGCCAUCAGCUCAUCUGGAUGCUCCCCGCUAUGAAAAGUUCAAUGCCGACUAUGGAAGUCAUUUGCGGCACUGAAUUAUCCCUCUCGGCAGCCUUCUUGUAUUUGCAUGGGUAGUUUGGCGUGUUGUACUACAAGGCAAAGCAUUGAAUUGUGUUUCAACAUAAUAAUUUCCAACUUACUAGUACCACAGUAGAUUUAUAAAUGUAUCAUCUACACAUUUGGGUCUAUGAAAUUAUAUGCUCAAUUCAAUUUCGCAUUAUCAUUGAUUUCUUCGUAAAUUAGAGAAAUGAGAACAAAUUUGGCCAGACAAUUGAGCUUCAAAGGCUGUGUUUGGUCUUUUAUUAGUAGAUGUGGGACUUGUUAUA